GCGUGCGUCACUCUCCCCGGGCCAGUUUGAUCUGACAAAAAUCCCAAUCCCCUAGGCCGGCCUCGCCGGAACCCUAGCCCGCCGCCGCCGCCAGCCAUGCCGCCCCGCCGGUACAAGGGGAGGGGCAGGGGAAGGGGGAGGGGGAGAGGGAGGGGGAAGGGGAGGGGCAGAGCCGCCGACGCCGCGAAGCCCGUGGAGGAGGUCGACGCGGAGGACGCCAAGUCUGAGGAGGAGGCCGCCGGGAGCGGUGGCGGUACGGAUACGGAGGAGGGUAAGGAGGAGGAGUCGUCGGAGAGCGAUGACGAGGGUAUGGAGGAGUCCAAGGAGGGAGCCGCCGAGGAGGAGGAGGAGGAGGAGGAGGAGGCGGAGGCGGAGGCGGAAGGGGAUGAGGACAGGAGCGAUGAGAUGGACGCCGAACCUGGAGCGGGUGCGGCCGAGGCGGAGGCGAAGGAGGAGGAGAAGGAUGCUGAGGUGGAAGGGGAAGGCGCUGGGAGUGACUCCGAGCGCGAAGCAGAGGAGACGGACGGUGAGUACGAGGAGGAAGCCGCUGCGACGGAUGGGGAUAAUGAAGAGGAAGCCGCCGAGGCCGACGGUGAGCGGGAGGAGGAGGAUGAGGAGGAAACCGCUGAGGCCGCCAGCGAAAAUGAAGGCGAAGGCGCGGAAUCCGAUCCCGAAGGUGAGGCCUCCGACGCCGAGGAGGCUGAGGAGGAGGAGGAGGCAGAGGAGGAUGCUUCGGAGGAAUCACCUCCGUCCCCUCCAACCCGCGGCCGCCGCCGCAAACGCGCGGCCACUCCCGACCCGCCCCCCGAGGAUGACGAAGAGGAGGAAGGAACCCCUGUGCAACCGCGCCGGCGUCGCCGGCGGAAGGCAGGGGAACGCGGCGACUCUCCCCCUCCUCUGCCCGACCACCUUCGGUGCCGCCGCAGUGAUGGGAAGAAGUGGCGCUGCCAAGCCCGAGCGCUCCCCACUGUAAGUUUCUGCGAGUACCACUACUCGAGGGCCAACAAGGGGAAAAAGCCACCGGCCGACGGAGAGGUCCUUGCAGUUGCACUCCAGCGGCAAAAGAAGAACAGGAGGAAGGGUAGAAGGAACGUGAAUGCGUCACCAUCAUCACCUCCCGCAGCUAAUAGCGACGUGACUAGGGAUCUCCCGAAUGGACUGAUGAGGAUCUCUCCAGGGAGCAGCGAGCCUGCAGCCUCGUUGCCAUCACCAGUGACGGCAAAAGUUGGAGUGGACAUUCCUGUUCCGACGAGGCGCUGCUACCGCUCAAAGAAUGCUGAGCCCAUGCCUGUUGGCCCAGUUAAGGUUGUUCCUCGUGCAAUGGGUAUGACUAAGGCAACACAAAAGACAUGUCACCACUGUGGGAUGAAGAAGGCCGCCCGUAUUGUCCAGUGCAAAGACUGUGACAAUAUGUGCUUCUGCAACAGCUGCAUCAACAAAUGGUAUUCUGGGAUGUCUAAGAAGGAUAUAAAGACACGCUGUCCAGUUUGCCGUGGCUGCUGCGAUUGUAAACAAUGCACCCUUGGUCAGACCAAGGGUGCCAUUAGUAAGGAAUCGUCAGGUGAUCAAGACAAGCUAAUCAGUAUAAAGAUUUGCAACCACCAAUUGUAUAAGCUUUUACCUGUAGAACUAAACCAGGAGCAACUUGAUGAAUUGGAGAUAGAAGCAAAAAUACAAGAAACAAAAUUAUCAAGUGUCCGUGUCCAGGUAGCUGAUGAGCAAAGUGGACCACUCGACUGCAAUAACUGCAAGCUCUCUGUGCACCAAUUCCUUAGAAGCUGCCCAAGAUGCCCUUUUAAGCUGUGCUUAAGUUGCUGUGAGAAGAUACGCGACGGGAGCAUCUCGGCCACCACCCCUGAAGACAAAUUUAAGCAACGGUUGCUUCAGCAAGAGUCUGCCCAUGAGGAUGGCAGUAUUAGUUGCCCUUCCAUCGAGUUAGGUGGAUGUGGCGACUCCUUGCUAAACCUGGUAUAUGUGCCCCCAUCUGACCAAUCCGAAGAAGUCAGUUCAGGGGACGAGCUAGACGGUCAGGGAAAUCAUUCUGGAGUUAAAGAUGCUGUAGCUGAGAGUAAUGGAGGCCCUGACAGAUUAUCCGUUGGCCAGCAGGAGACCGUUUCCUCAUAACUGCAACUGCUGAUGUAGUAGCUGCUGCCUGUUCCAGUUCAGGUGGGAGUGUCAUAACUGUGAGAGCAAUGAGCAUGGAAGAAUAUGUUCAUUCUGAGGCAUGGAAAUGUGAGGGUUUGCCCCGGAUUUGUUAGGCGGUAGAUUGCCUGAUUUAGCGUGAUUAUCGGCCUAUACGGGCCGUUGAUUUUAGUAGGUCUGUGAACUGUGGAUAUUCUCAAAGUGAUUUUUCCGUACCUGUUAAUCUUGUGUUUUUCGACAUGGUUGUACAUAGGCUUAGGUCUUUGUUUACCAUCUUUAGUUAACAUCUGGUUGGAGCUU